GUAAAAAUGCGAGCCGUAAGUCUGGGAUUAGGAGCCAGGAAACUUAGGGAUACAGAUUAUUUUUCUAAAUCUGACCCAUUCUGUGUAGUAUCCAGGCCUAACCUUCAGGGGGGUUUCACGCAGAUUCGUAUUUCGGAGACAAAACAAAACACGUUGAACCCAGACUGGAAUGAUUUUUUCUUUAAAGAGGAGGAGGUCCCUGGACACGAUAUGACUUUAAACCUUAAGAUAGAAGUGUUUGAUGAUGAUGGCAAAAAAGGUCUCGACAAUAACGAUAAACUACUUGGAACGGGUCACUUUAGCCUUAAACAACUUGAAGCUGCAUCAUUGUGUAAGCAUAAUAAUAAUAAUAAUAAUAAUAAUCUCCCUACAUCCUUAGUUUACUCUCUACAUCCUUGGGUUUACUCCCUAAAUCCUAAGUUUACUCCCUACAUCAUGAGUUUACUCUAUAUACAAUAG